AUGGACCCUUCAGAAGUGGUCAUAUCCGCACUAAAGGACAGGAAUACAUAUCCCAAACGCGACGAGAUCGCAGCAGCUUUUCAUGAUACUGCCAGCAGUGUCAAAAAUGCAGAAUGGGUGCAAGAACAUCUACACCCUGACACGCUUCUAUCGCAAGAGGAAUUGAAACUGUAUUCGAAGCUCGAAGAUUCGGGAACUCUACGCACGCUUCUCGCCCACGCGAACUUCGAUUCCACGCGACCUUUCCUCGAUGGAGACCUUCAAGGGGCAAUCGAAGUGCUGAACACAUCCACGGCAGGAAUACAGAAGCAAACUGAUAUUCUGACGUCUCAGUAUGAUGUCUUGAGCCGACAGCAUAAGCGAAACAACGAUCGGGAAUCUAGACAAAAUAGGGAGAUGGAAAGGUUACGACGAAAACAUGACGCAGAAAGGCAGAAUACGGUUGUUGCGUUGAGUGAGUUGGCACAUGAAUUCGACGCCAAUCUGAAGAAUGAGGCGGAGAAAUCGACAAUGGACGGGAAAAAGAUACUCUCUGCCUUGGCGACGCAGUUGAAAAAGAACGACAAGCUACUGCCGGACCUUGAGGCGCUUGCGGCUAGGGUAAAGUCUUCUGAUGGUGAUGCCUCUAUCAUGAAGCGAACGUCAGCGUUAAGCACAGCCCUUGCUCAAUAUGUCGCCGAAGAAAUAUACUGCCGGCUUGACCGCUUGUAUUUGGAGAGAAUACUCAACAGCAGUGGAUCUGCUGCAGAUGGCCAAACGAACAAAGAAAUUGAGGCCGCAGUUGGCUUAGAACAAGAAAUGGAAUCUCUCUAUCCAGAAAUCGAUAUCUUGGCCGAUAUGUCGACUAAGCAACAGUUUGUUGAGCCCAUACUCCGGCAACUCCAGAAUCACCAUGGCGAGCUGCGAAUUGCAUCCCAUCAGAGACUCGAUUUGAUUCUGGAAACAAUCACAGAUAUGACGACACACAGAGAGAGCCUUAUUGCAACCCUGCAAAAUUGGGAGUCAUUUUGUGCCACGGUCGAGACCCUUGCCUCGAAAUAUCGAUCCGAGGUCGGUGACCAGAUCUUAGACUCGACCAGUUCAAGGCGGGAGACUAUGAGAAGGUUCUCUAGCCAACCUACUCCUAUGACGUCCCAGCCUGGGAGACAAUCCGAUUCUUUCCCAGAAUCCGAGGCAUUAAGUCUGCUCUUGCGCCGCCUGGGCCUAACAGCUGAGGCUGUCUUCCGGGCUGAGGAAGUCGACGGAGGGAUCCAGUCUUUAUUCCAACAGAGACAGCACAUGCUUGAUGGUUUACACGGUUAUGCCAUGGCGAGUGAUUCACCCCUGGUGGCCGAGCUUCUUCCCACAGACCAGGCAAUUAGGCUGCUUUUCUCUUCGUUGGAAGCUGACUCUCUAUGCACCGCCUCUCUAUCAAGUGUGGAGCAUGAGAGGAGCCUCUCGGUGCUCGAGUCAAAACUAAGCCGUAUUCAGAAAGGCAUUCAGAAUCUCAACCAGGAUGUUGUUUAUCAACGGGACAAGAACCAGGAAAAGUUCCUCGAGAAGUGGGGAUAG